AAAUCAUCACCUCUCAAACUCUCCAAAGACUUAUUCACACAUUUCCAAAAACUGAUUUUGGAAACAAUCAAAGUUAAUCUACCAACCCAAAACACUACCCUUUUUAUCCCUUUUCAACUCUCACCAAACCCUCAUUCUACUCAAUAUUCUCCCCAUUUUCAUCUCUUUCACACAUUAUUCUUGAUCCAAUUUUUUUUGCAACGACAAUUUUUCUUCAUUUCUUGACACAAUAGACAAGAAAUGGAGGAUAGAAUGAGGCGUUCGGGGCGGCAAACGAGCCGCAGCGCCAGCCGGAGGAUGGUGGAGGAGGUGUUUGCCGGCUCCACCGCGUCGAGGAGGCAGAGCGUUAGGGCGGACGAGGACGAGGAGGCCCUGCGAUGGGCGGCGCUCGAGAAGCUCCCGACAUACGAUAGGCUGAGGAAAACCGUGUUGAAAUCGUUCAUGGAGGCGCCGAGUCAAGGGAGAGUUAAGGUUGUUCACAAAGAGAUUGAUGUGAGAAAAAUGGACAUGAAUGAGAAGCAAGAAUUCAUUGACAGAUUCUUCAAAGUUGCUGAGGAAGAUAAUGAGAAGUUCUUGACAAAGUUUAGAGAUCGCAUUGAGAAGGUCGGAAUUUCCCUACCUACUGUUGAAGUGAGAUUCGAACACUUGACUGUGGAGGCGGACUGCUUCGUCGGAGAUCGGGCGCUUCCAACGCUGAUCAACACGGCGCGCAACAUCGGCGAGACGGCGUUAGGCUGCAUAGGAAUUAGGCUGGCUCAGAAAACUAAACUCACUAUACUAAAAGACGUCUCAGGCAUCAUAAAGCCUUCUAGGAUGACCCUUUUACUAGGGCCACCAUCUUCAGGGAAAACAACUCUUUUGUUGGCUCUGGCAGGAAAAUUGGACCCAGCUUUGAAGACAAGGGGAGAAAUCACAUACAAUGGGCAUCUGCUAGAUGAAUUUGUACCUCAAAAAACAUCAGCAUACAUUAGCCAAAAUGAUGUUCAUGUAGGAGAAAUGACUGUCAAAGAAACCCUAGAUUUCUCGGCAAGAUGCCAAGGGGUCGGAUCUCGAUACGAACUUUUGACUGAGCUUGCAAGAAGGGAAAGGGAAGCAGGUAUUUUUCCUGAGGCAGAAGUUGACUUGUUUAUGAAGGCAACUGCUAUGGAAGGUGUAGAGAGCAGCCUUAUUACAGACUACACUUUAAGAAUAUUAGGACUAGACGUUUGCAGGGACACAAUUGUUGGAGAUGAGAUGAUGAGAGGAAUAUCUGGAGGCCAAAAGAAACGUGUCACAACAGGAGAGAUGAUUGUUGGCCCAACAAAGACACUCUUCAUGGAUGAGAUAUCCACAGGCCUAGACAGCUCCACAACAUUUCAAAUUGUCAAAUGUUUGCAACAAAUUGUGCACCUAACUGAGGCCACCAUCUUCAUGUCCCUCCUCCAGCCGGCCCCCGAGACGUUCGAUCUAUUCGACGACAUCGUCCUCCUCUCCGAAGGCCAGAUCGUUUACCAAGGCCCAAGAGAACAUGUAGUUGAGUUCUUUGAGAGUUGUGGCUUCAAAUGCCCUGAGAGAAAAGGCACUGCUGAUUUCUUACAAGAGGUGACAUCAAGAAAAGACCAAGAGCAAUACUGGGCAGACAAGCACAGACCAUACAGUUAUAUCCCGGUGAGCGAGUUUGUGAGGAGGUUCAAGCGCUUCCACGCGGGACUACGCCUUGAAAACGAGCUCUCGGUCCCGUACGACAAAAGCAGAAGCCACAGCGCCGCCCUGGUGUUCAAAAAAUACUCAGUCCCAAUGAUGGAGCUACUCAAGGCCAACUUUGACAAGGAGUGGCUCCUCAUUAAACGCAACUCGUUCGUCUACGUCUUCAAGACGGUCCAGAUCUUCAUCGUGGCCAUCAUCACCUCCACACUAUUCCUGAGGACUCAGAUGCACACCAGGAACGAGGACGACGCCUCAACCUACAUUGGCGCCCUGUUGUUUAGCAUGAUCUGCAACACCUUCAACGGCUUCGCAGAGCUGUCUCUCGCCAUACAGAGGCUUCCGGUCUUCUACAAACAGAGAGACCUUCUCUUCCACCCUGCUUGGACUUAUACUCUCCCAAACUUUCUCCUCAGAAUCCCUAUAUCCUUGUUCGAGGCCGUGGUUUGGACGCUUACAACGUAUUACACAAUCGGAUUCGCCCCACAAGCGGCCAUAUUCUUCAAGCAGUUGAUUCUCACCUUCGUCAUCCAGCAGAUGGCUGCAGGGAUAUUCAGGCUGACUGCAGGGCUGUGCAGAACCAUGAUCAUUGCCAACACGGGAGGCGCCCUCACUCUCCUCCUCGUGUUCCUUGUAGGCGGCUUCAUCCUCCCCAAAGACAAGAUUCCUGACUGGUGGGGAUGGGCGUAUUGGUGUUCGCCUCUCUCGUACGCAUACAACGCCAUUACUGUAAACGAGAUGUUCGCUCCCAGAUGGAUGAACCAAGCGGCGUCAGACGGGAUCACGCCAUUAGGCAUAGCGGUUUUGAACAACUUCAACAUCUUCCCGGAUAAAAACUGGUAUUGGAUUGGAUUUGGAGCUCUUGUCGGAUUCACGUUGCUCUUCAACAUUCUAUUCACAUUCUCACUCAUGUAUCUCAACCCUCUUGGGAAGCCACAGGCUAUAAUAUCUAAGGAGCAAGCAAGGGAGAUGGAAGAGGAGUUGAUUGGAACUAAUGCACCGAGACUCAGGCCAACCAGGUCGAAAAAUGACUCUUUCCCCCGAGCCUUGUCGACAAGAGAUGGAAACAAAACUUUUGAAAUGACGAUGCAACGGAUGAGUAGUGGUUCGUUAAAUAGGAACGACGACUUAAACCUUGGUAUGGCGCCAAAGAGGGGAAUGGUGCUCCCGUUCACCCCUCUAUCCAUGUCCUUCGACAGUGUAAACUAUUUUGUCGACAUGCCACCGGAAAUGAGGGAACAAGGAGUCACCGAGGAUAGGCUACAGUUGCUACGUGAUGUAACCGGGGCGUUCAGGCCUGGAGUGCUGACGGCCUUAAUGGGAGUGAGCGGAGCAGGUAAAACGACGCUGAUGGACGUUCUAGCUGGCAGAAAAACCGGCGGUUACAUUGAAGGUGACAUCAUGAUAUCCGGAUUUCCCAAGAAAAAAGAAACAUUUGCAAGAAUCUCUGGAUACUGUGAACAAACCGACAUACAUUCGCCUCAAGUUACCAUCCAUGAAUCUCUCAUCUACUCGGCCUUCCUCCGUCUCCCUAAAGAAGUCUCCAAGGAGCAGAAGAUGGCCUUCAUUGAUCAAGUUAUGGAUCUUGUUGAGUUGGAGAAUCUCAAGGACGCCAUUGUAGGCAUCCCCGGGAUAACAGGGCUAUCGACAGAGCAGAGGAAACGACUGACCAUCGCGGUUGAGCUAGUUGCGAAUCCUUCGAUUAUAUUCAUGGAUGAGCCCACUUCUGGGCUUGAUGCAAGAGCUGCUGCCAUUGUUAUGAGAACUGUGAGAAACACAGUUGACACUGGGAGAACUGUUGUUUGCACCAUCCACCAACCUAGUAUUGAUAUUUUUGAAUCUUUUGAUGAGUUGCUUCUCAUGAAGAGAGGAGGCCAGGUUAUCUAUGCAGGGCCGUUAGGCCGCCAUUCGCAGAAAAUCAUCGACUACUUUGAGGCGGUUCCGGGAGUUCCGAAGAUCAAAGACAAGUACAAUCCAGCAACAUGGAUGCUGGAAGCGAGCUCAAUCGCGACAGAAUCCCGACUAGGAAUGGAUUUUGCAGACUACUACAAAACCACAGAGUUAUAUGAGAGAAACAAGGCAUUGGUGAAGGAGCUGAGCACGCCGGCUCCAGGCGCGCAUGACUUGCACUUUGAAACAGAGUUCUCACAGUCAAGUUGGGUGCAGUUUAAGUCCUGCCUCUGGAAACAAUGGUGGACUUACUGGAGAAGCCCCGAUUACAACCUCGUCCGCUACUUCUUCACCCUCGCUUGCGCCCUCCUUGUUGGCACCGUCUUCUGGAGAGUCGGCCACAAAAAGGAUAGCGACUCGGAUCUAUUGACAGUCAUCGGGGCUAUGUACGCCUCAGUCUUGUUUGUCGGAAUAAACAACUGCUCAACGGUUCAGCCCAUUGUUGCCAUCGAAAGAACAGUUUUCUACAGAGAGAGGGCUGCAGGAAUGUACUCUGCCUUACCUUAUGCCCUGUCUCAGGUGAUCGUAGAAAUACCAUAUGUGCUCAUCCAGACAACCUACUACACCUUGAUCGUGUACGCCAUGGUGAGCUUCGAAUGGACAUUCGCGAAAUUCUUCUGGUUCUAUUUCGUCACUCUCUUCUCCUUCCUCUACUUCACCUACUACGGCAUGAUGACCGUCUCCAUCACACCCAACCACCAAGUUGCAGCCAUCUUUGCAGCCGCAUUCUACGCCCUCUUCAACUUAUUCUCGGGCUUCUUCGUCCCAAGACCGAAAAUUCCCAAAUGGUGGGUGUGGUACUACUGGAUCUGCCCGGUGGCGUGGACCGUGUACGGCCUAAUCAUCGGACAGUAUGGAGAUGUGACCAAAACUAUAACGGUGGCAGGAAACAAUGGACCAACAUCACCUAUGAUCAAGGAUUAUAUUCAAGAUCAUUUUGGGUAUGAUCCUGAUUUUAAAGGCCCGGUUGCUACAGUUUUGGUUGGUUUUGCAGUUUUCUUUGCUUUCAUGUAUGCUUACUGCAUCAAGAAUCUCAAUUUCCAGAUGAGGUAGAGCUAAAGGUAGAUAUACAGGAGUAUCAAAUGUGAAUUAUUUGUAGAUAUAUAUUUUUGAACGCAUAUGGAUAAUAUAUAAAAGUAGUGCUACAUGCAAUUUUGUGA